UGACUUUUUCGCUAUCUGCUGUCAAUAAUUUUGAUGUUUUUUAAUUUUUAAUUGUACAAAGUCGAUGGAAAUUAUAUAAUUUAAAUACCACUGUCAAAAUUAUUUUGUGUUCUAGGGCUUAAUGAAACAGGUUAUUCUUUUGGGGCAUGUCCAAAACUACAUCAAUCAAGAUUAUUGGGAUAUCAUUAUACAUAUGAAGAAACCCAAUAGAAAAACUUUUCAGAUGAAUAUAACAAUGAUUCUUUAUAGGGAUAUACAUGACGUGCAGGUUAAAGGUCAGAUUUACAAAUUUGUAGACGGCAGUUACAAAGAAACUGCUCUCAAAUACGAUGGCGAUGCAUGCACUUUUCUAAAAACAAUUUGUGGGAAUAUGUUCCAAUUUAAUGCGAAUAAAGAUGUUUUUAAGAAUUUUAUAACAAAGUGUCCAUUGAAAAAGGGGAAGUAUUAUGUUUACAACGUUAAUGAGACCUUUGUUCGAGCUCCUUUUAUUCCAGUUUGGAGAGGAAAAAUUGAGUAUUCUUACUUCACGGACAACGCCUUGAUAUACAACUCGGACGCCUUUUUUGAAGUCAUUGAAAUCUCCAAGAAUUAAUUGAUUAAAUAAAUACAAAUAAAG